AUGCUGCAUCCGGGAAACGAGUCCUCUCGCUGGUCUGAGGUCCAGGAGAGCAACCAGACCUCCGGGGAGCCCGGAGCGGAGGUGGUGAUCGUGCCGGUGGUGUUCGGGCUGAUCUUCGUGAUCGGAGUGCUCGGUAACUCCCUGGUGAUGCUGGUGAUCGGCAGGGUGAAGCCCAGCGGCGGUGCGCGCGCGCUCAGUCCCACCAACAUCUUCAUCGUCAACCUGAGCGUGGCGGAUCUGCUCUUCCUCCUCUUCUGCGUCCCGCUCCACGCGACCAUCUACUCCUUACCAGAGUGGGUAUUCGGAGCCUUCCUCUGCAAGUUCGGACACUUCUUCACCACGGUCAGCAUGCUGGUCAGCAUCCUGACGCUCGUGGCCAUGUCCGUGGACCGUUACAUCGCCGUGGUGCGCUCCAAGAGCUCCGCGUGCGUCCGGAGCCGCAGGAAAGCGCUGGUGGGGCUGUGCGUCAUUUGGAGCAUGUCGCUGCUGUGCUCGGUGCCGGUGGCUCAGAGCUACGUGCUCACCAGCCACCCCAGCGCCCCCAACAAAACAUUCUGCUGGGAGAUCGGCUCCGGGGCGUCGCGGCGCCCCUACAAGGUGUCCAUCCUGAUGCUGGGCUUCGUGCUGCCGCUGCUGCUCAUCUGCUGCUGCUACAUCAGGGUUCUAUGGCACCUCCACAAAAAGAUGAAGAACAUGUCCAAGAGGUCUGAGCUCUCCAAGAGAAAGACAGCUCAGACCAUCAUCCUAGUCGUCACCGGCUUCACCAUCUGCUGGAUGCCGCACCACAUCAUCGCCAUGUGGGCGGAGUUUGGCACCUUCCCGCUCAACAACACCACCUUUGCUCUCCGUAUCGUCUCCCACUGCCUUUCCUACGGUAACUCCUGCAUUAACCCCAUCCUCUACGCCUUCCUGUCAGAGAAUUUCCGCAAAGCCUGCCGCCAGGUCUUUGCACGCCACCUGCUGUACAAACCACCAACUAACGGGAAGGUGGUCAGAUUCCGCAUGGACAACUUCUCCACCACACACUCCAGCACCAAUAUCUGAAGCAGUUUGGUGAG